AAAUUGAUAACGUAAAAACGUGAUAAUCAUUAAUUUGGUGCCUUGGUGGUUUUUAAAACGAACUGGCAUCAAAAAAUUUCAUCUCUUGUUUUGUUGUUGCUUAAUCAUCAUGUUAAUGUGACAAACAAAAAAAAAAAAAAAUGAAAACACCUUAUGGAUACUGUGACUUACGCGUCGAGAGGGUGAACGAUGACAUUAUCGAUGCUUACAUUGAACAUGGGUAUAGCAUAAUCGCUGUAAACACUACACUAAAUUGUUCAUUAUUAGGCAAUGUAAAUUCUAAUAAAAAAAAGAGAAAAUUUGCAGAAUGUAAUGAUGAAAAUGAUGAAGAAAAAGAUUGGGUUCCUACACCCAAGUUAAUAAAUGAUAAUUACUCCAAAUUAACCAUUCUGAAUCGUUUGACCAUCCAAAUAACAAAUAUUGGACAACUGCAAAAAAUUUUGAGUUCUCAAAAUUUCAAAUUGUAUAAUAUUCUAGCAGUAGAACCAUUAAAUGAUAAAAUUUUUCAGGACAUAGUCACUUCACCAUCAGUUGAUAUAAUAACUUGUAAUAUGAAAACAUCUAUAACUCCAAAGGACUACACAAUUGCAAUUGAAAAAAACAUUUAUUUUGAAAUAUCCUAUUGUCCAAUGUUAUUUAAUUCAAAUAUACGUCAAGAUACUUUUACUUUAGCUCAUCUACUUUAUAUUAAAGGAAAAUCAAAAAACUUAAUAAUUACAAGUGGGGCAGCAAAUAAACUAGACAUACGCAAUCCUCAUGAUGUGAUGAAUUUAGGUAUUUUACUAGGUCUUUCUAGAAAACUAUCAAUGAAAUCAAUCACUCAAGGAUGUUAUUCAAUUAUUUUAAAGAGCUAUGGUCGAAAAUUAGGAAAGUCUGCGAUACAUUUAAAACCUGUGAAUAACAAUUCUUAAUAUUACAAACAAUUUUUGACAUAUAUUAUUGGAUUGAUAUUAAGUUUUGAAUGUAUUAUAUAUAUAA